CCAGCCCAUCAAAGCAUACCCCUCCCCUCUCUCUCUCUUCAUUCACUUUUCUCCAUUCUCUACCCCUCUGUUUCCUUGUCAUCGUCUUCUUGUUUUCUUGAUUCCUUGUUUUCUAUACUCAGCCCUCUACUCAAUUGAGAAAACCCAUUUCAUGUAUGCAAUUUUCUUGUGUUUUGAGGCAUUAUUCCUUGAAGAAUUCAGCUUAGUUUCCAGCAGUUUCUUUGGGUUUCCAACAGAAGUGCCGAGAAAAGAAUCAAUGCAUUGCCAUGAAGUCUGAAGAUCAUUAUUAUGCAUCUGAUGUACUUAAUAGCAACAUGGAUUACUAUGCAACCAACCCUGGGCCACUUGAUGAUACUGUUUUAUAUGAUCAAGACAAGCAUAUUUCAGCUGCUGUUUGGGAGGGACAGGAUCGAGGCGCACUUAGAUGUCAUGAACACACUUCAAAGCUCGACCGUUGGUUGCUCACCGAGAAACAGAUAGAAUUGGUGAAGAAAGCAGGUUUUGGCUAUCUGAGAUUGAUUCCAGCAAUUAGUCUUGAUAACCCACUUAUUUCUGCGCUGGUUGAGAGAUGGAGGAGAGAAACAAAUACAUUCCAUAUGACUGUUGGAGAAAUGACAGUAUCACUUGAAGAUGUUGCGUACUUACUUGGGCUUCCAAUUGAUGGCAAACCUGUUAUAGGUGUAACCUAUACCGCAUGUGAUUCAGUAUGCGUUAAGUAUCUGGGUAAAUCACCAGAUUCUGGGCACACAAGUGGUGGGAUGGUGAAGCUUAGCUGGCUGAAAGAGGCUUUCUCUGAAUGUCCUGAAGAUGCUUCAGUUGAUGACAUUGAGUGUCAUACACGUGCAUACCUUCUUUAUCUUGUUGGCAGUACAAUCUUUUCAACCACCACUGGUAACAAAGUUCCUGUUAUGUAUCUCCCGUUAUUUGAGAAUUUUGAUGAGGCUGGGAAGUAUGCAUGGGGUGCAGCUGCAUUAUCUUUUUUGUACAGAGCACUUGGUAAUGCCUCUCUUAGAUCGCAAAGCACUAUUAGCGGCUGUUUGACACUGCUGCAGUGCUGGAGUUACUAUCACCUGAAUGUUGGUCGGCCUAAACUUCAUCACGACCCAAUCCAUGAAUGUUUUCCUUUUGUCCUUAGGUGGAAAGGGAAACAUAGUGGUCCAACCUCAAAUCGUGAUGUUGCUUUCUAUCGUAAAGCUUUGGAUUCCCUAAAGCCUUCUGAUGUUGAUUGGUGUCCUUAUGCAAAUAUCAGCCAUACUGUUAUACCAGAGAAUAUCUUAAAUCAACUCAUCCUCGGAAGAUCAAAGACAAUGUUGAUAUGUUUUGACAAGGCAGAGAGACACCUUCCAGAUCGCUGCCUAAGACAGUUUGGCAUGCAUCAGACUGUCCCUGAAGAAGUGCAGAGAUGGGAAAGGAAGACUCGUGGUGUUGAUGGGGGGGUAGAUCUUUCUGGGAAAAUGGAAUCAGAGCUUAGCGAAUGGGCAAAUCGUAGUUUCCAUAUUGUGGAAGCUGAGGAGGACCUGGACGAGGGUGAAUAUAUGAACUGGUACUUAAGAAUUACACGCAGGUUGGUAGGAAGGCCUCGACCUAUCUCAUCAGAGUUUCAGAGAAUGAAUGCUGCAUUGAGAGACAUUGCACAUGUAGCAGACACACUCUCAACACAUGGGAUGGAUGAUCAGCAAAUACAAUCCAUAACAAGAAUCAGGUUUGUUGCACAUGAAUGUUUGAGGGAUCAUGUUGGAAGCUCAACAUUGGUGGUAGCCAACUCAGAAGACGAUGUCGGGAAAAGCAUGAGAGGGAAGGAAAGGGUUAGGAGGAGGGGUAUCAGUAAGCGCAGAAGGAAAGAUGACUCGGAGGAAUAUUAUGCUGCUAGCACAAACACCCAAACCCCCGUGUAUCCUUCAGCUGUCGAUGUUGAUCAGGGACACAUGUAUUAUGUGCAAAACGAGGUUGAUCCUCAACAUCUUUGCCUUCCGGCUAAUGCUGAUGCUGCACUUGCAGGCAUGACCUACCAUGUUGAUGGGGCAAGGGACGAUUACACAACCGAUGAAAUUGAUGAGCCUGAAUACCAGCAAGCUGCUGAAGAAGCUGAUGAAGACCAGCUCUCUCAUGGACAGGAAGAAAGUCCAUGUGAACCUAAUGCUGGAGUUGGUGUCGUACACCAGUCCUCUCUAGAAAACAGUGAGAAUGUCACACACCAGACGGACUAUACUGUUACGGCUUAGGCAGUCUACUGAACUUACAAUUUUGUUGGGUGACUCCUUUUUUUUUUUCCAGUUAUAAAGGUGGGUACCUACUCAGAUUUGUUAUGACAUCAAUCCUGAACUGCUCAACUGCUCCAAUUAAUGUAUAACCAGAGAGAUAAAUAUUGUCUCUAUGUUCCUACAGUUGGAUUUCCAGGACAAAGUGCCAGUCUUCUGAUUAGUUAAGACCAUUCAGGUAGUCGGAUUUUCCGAAAAUUCUUACUGAUCCCAUGCUUCCUGGGAGUCGGAUGUAAUUAGUUAAGACCAUUCAGGUAGUCUUCUGAUUUUCCUUCUAUCUUGGAGAUGUCAACAUUUAGGUGUCGAAGCUAAAAAAGGUUUGUGUUUGUAAUGAAACUGAUACUUCUGAAUUCUCAAAGCCAGUAUCUCGUAAAUGUGUAGCUUUCUUUUAGAAUGCUGUGAUGAUAUUUUAGAGGAGCAACAAAUUUGAUGA